CCCUCCCUCCAGCAAGCGGAUUGCCUGUGCCACUGACGACAGCCACACAGUGCUGUGAGUGCGAGGCUGUGGAGAGACUGCAUCAAGGAGCGAGAACUGUGCGCUCGCAUCGGGAACGGUGCGUGGGAGUUGAUCUCUCUCUACCUUCCAUUUGCAUUCCUUCUUUAUUCUCUACACUCAUCCUCGGACGAGUUCAGGCGCACAGGGAGUCCCAUUACCGAGGGAGGAUCGCUCGGUGUGUGUGUGUGUGUGGGUUGCCUGCUUUACAGCUGUCAUCUUAGAACUGCGGUACUGCCGUCGUGGAGAAACUCAUUGGGAAUCUGCAAGAACGACUGGUUGUUUGCCUUUUCUUCCCCACUCAUUUUUUGAAGCUGUCUUUCAAGGCGAUGGACUUGAGAUAGUGCGUCUCAUUUUGAGUGUUGGCUGGGAGUUGCCGUCGGGGAGAAAUGCGAAAGGAUGCUUGGAAGCAGUGAAGGCUACAGCAGGUAACCGAUAAGAUGGCGGCCGGGGAAGCGACUGGGCACAGCUACCUGGUGGCUUGCUGGCAGCCCAUUCUGAUCCUGAUGUUGGGCACUGUGCUGUCUGGUUCCACCACAGGCUGCCCAUCCCGCUGCGAGUGCAAUGUUCAAGAGCGCUCUGUGAUGUGCCACCGCAAGAAGCUCAUGACAGUUCCUGAGGGCAUUCCCGCAGAAACACACCUGCUGGACCUCAGCAAGAACCGCAUUAGAACCAUCAACCCAGACGAAUUUGCCAACUUCCCCAACCUCGAACACCUGGAGCUCAGUGAGAACACAAUCUCCACUAUUGAACCCGGGGCAUUCAACAACCUUUAUGGCUUGCGGACAUUGGGGUUGCGUAGCAACAAGCUUAAGCUGAUCCAGCUCGGUGUCUUCACAGGCCUGAGCAAUCUCACACAGCUGGACAUAAGUGAAAACAAGAUUGUCAUCCUGUUGGACUACAUGUUCCAGGAUUUGUACAACCUCCGUUCUUUAGAGGUGGGUGAUAAUGACCUGGUUUUCAUCUCCCACCGGGCUUUUCAUGGCCUAAGUAGCCUUGAGCACCUGAGUCUUGAGAAGUGUAACCUGUCGUCUGUCCCAACAGAGGCUUUUACUCACCUCCACAGUUUGAUCACUCUCAGGCUGCGCCACCUCAAUAUCAAUGUCAUACGGGAUUACUCCUUUAAACGUCUCUAUCGGCUGAAGGUGUUGGAAAUUGCCAAUUGGCCAUAUUUGGAUACGAUGACCCCAAAUUGCUUGUAUGGAUUAAAUCUCACAUCCCUGAGCAUUGCAAAUGCUAACUUGACCACAAUUCCUUAUGUAGCCCUGCGGCACUUGGUGUAUUUGCGCUUUCUUAAUCUUUCUUAUAACCCUAUUCAUACCAUUGAGGGGAAUAAGCUUCAUGAUCUACUGCGUCUUCAGGAAUUUCACCUGGUAGGAGGCAGACUGGCAAUGAUUGAGCCCUACUCUUUCCGAGGUCUAAACUACCUGAAGAUUUUAAAUGUGUCUGGGAACUCUCUUAGCACUUUAGAGGAGUCUGUUUUCCAUUCAGUUGGCAACCUGGAAACCCUAGGCUUGUAUGAUAAUCCCCUGGCCUGUGACUGCCGACUCAUAUGGGUUUAUCGACGACGCUGGAGACUGAACUUCAACAGGCAGCCGCCCACCUGUGCCUCCCCCGAGUUUGUCCAAGGCAAAGAAUUCAAAGACUUCCCAGAUGUUCUGCAGCCUAACUAUUUCACGUGUCGCAAGUCCAGGAUUAGGGAUCGCAAACCACAGCAGAAAUUUGUUGAUGAAGGAGCCAUUGUUCAUUUUGCUUGCCAGGCAGAUGGAGAUCCUGCACCAGUGAUAAUGUGGCUAUCCCCACAGAAAAAGUUUAUCACCACCAAGACAAUUGGAAGGCUCUCUGUGCUGCCAGAUGGUACUCUUGAGGUGCGCUAUGCCCAGAUUCAAGACAAUGGUACAUAUGUGUGUAUAGCUAGCAAUGCAGGCGGAAAUGAUACCUCUCUUGCUCACCUGCACAUUCAUAGCUACUCCCCUGACUGGCCACACCAGCCCAACAAGACUUUUGCCUUCAUCUCCAACCAGCCCACAGAAACUGGUGCUAAUGGUACAAGAGCCAAUGUCCCUUUCCCCUUUGAUAUAAAGACGCUGAUCAUUGCGACCACAAUGGGUUUCAUCUCUUUUCUUGGUGUCGUCUUGUUUUGCUUGGUGCUGCUCUUCCUUUGGAGCAGAGGUAAAGGCAACACUAAGCACAACAUUGAGAUUGAGUAUGUGCCACGGAAAUCGGACGCAGGCAUGAGCAGCAGCACAGUGGAUGCUCCUCGCAAGUUCAACAUGAAGAUGAUAUAAUGGAGUUGUGGAGUUUAUUAAUUUUGAACUCAAAAAUAAGACAAAUGGAAAAGAUGACAUUUUCUUUCCUCUCUUACAAACCUGUGGAUUCUGGUCUGUUAACAUAGAGUAAUAUGUUUUUCCUGACUGAAGCACUAAAGAAGAGGGCAGUUCUUGACUUUCAAAAGUGAGAGGGAAUGAAGGCACACCCAGUGCUACAGAGCAUUGGUGGUUUCUACAAGGCCUGUGGGGGCAUUAAUUGAAAGUCAGAUUUGUCAUAAGCAGUUCAUAUUCCUGUGGAUUUAUACUGGGAAAAAUAUAUCUGAAAAGAAAAACACUUCAAACAGCCAGAAUGCGAGGGGCAGAUCAUGUUUUGGCCAUUGCUGUUUUUUGUCUGUAUUUUUUUUUAUUUAGUGUUUGUUAUUUUUUUAUUUCCAAGGUUAGAUGUCAAGUUAUGAAUGAGAUUUGUAUGGGUUGAUGAGCACAUUUAUACAACGUUGAUGCAUUUCACGCACGUCAUUACAAUACAUCAGUGUUAGAAUUGUGAAGGCUUUGUGUCUUUUUUUUCUUUCCUACAGUGAUGAUUGUUCUGUAAUCCAUCAAAUGUAUAUCUGUGUCACAAUAAUUGAUAAACAUUGUUGAAAGAGUAUGCCCCAGCAAUUAGCAUAAAUUCAUGACAAAA